AUGCCCAACCUUUCCGUCGUAGGCGUUGAUAUCAGUCCCAUAGCCGUCUCGCUUGCGAAGAAGAACCUAGAGCAUAACAUCCAGAGUCAAAACCUACUCCCGCGUGCGAGAGACGAAGUCCAGUUCGUGCAAGCCGACAUCCUCAGCCCUCACUCUAUGAGCCCAGACGGUUCAGAACUCGGUAGGCUUCUCGAUAGCCUGCAAAGCAGACCGCCUGUCAAAGGCCAAUCUCAGGGAUGGGAUCUUCUGAUAUCCAACCCUCCAUAUAUCUCGCCCUACGAGUUCGCCAACGGUACUACUAAACGUAGUGUUCGGCUGUAUGAACCUACGCUGGCGCUGGUUCCGCCGAUCCGGCCUGCUGGCCUGUCCCAAACAGUAGCGCCGUCAGAUUUGGUCAGGGCAGACACCUUUUAUCCUCGACUACUGGCCAUUUCCGCGCAACUAGGCGCCCGUUUCACUGUUCUCGAAUGUGGUGACGUAGCUCAGGCUCAAAGAGUUGCUGCUCUCACUGGCGAUCCGAGCCCAAGUCCAAGUCCGGGCUCAGAGAGAAACACACGAACGGAAAUAUGGCGUUGUGAUUGGGACAGUUACGCUCAUAGAGCUUCUCCAAACAGUAAUGAGCAACAGCCGGAACUUACGGACGCCACGGAAGAAGACCGUAAUUGUGACGACCAACCUAGAAUCCCAGCGGAACAAGGGGCUCGAGCGGUUGUAAUCUCGAGAUACUAA